AUGGACCAUCAGCUUCAACGCCGCGGCCUCAUCAGCGCGUCGUCAUCUCUCGGUCCGCUAGAACCUCGUCGCCUCCUCCAGCUCCCCGACGAGCUCCUCGACGACAUCAUGCGCCACGCGUACGACGGCAAGGACCCGCCCUCGAGCCGGCCGGUGUGCCGCCGUCUUCGUCCUCAUCAGGAGCGGCAGCUCUGUCGCCGGGUCCGGCUCGUCUCGAUGAGCGCCCUCCAGUCGUUCGACGAGUUCCUCCAGCGCAUCCCGAGCUGUGCGCGCAUCGUCAUGGACCUCGACGUCGACCUUGGCGAGGCCGACCUCGACUGGGACUGGGACGCCACGGUCGUCGCGUGCAACCGUCUCGGCAGCAUCGUCCCCGAGCUCGCGCGGCUGCGAGAGCUCCGGAUCGUCGGCGUUGGCGAGCUCGUCGAUGCCGUCCUCGCAGAUGGCGCGACCUCGCUCCGCCAGCUGCGACGCUUCGAGCUCGUCCUGCCGUGGACCAUGUUCUACCGUCGCGGUGUCAGCGGCCGGGACUGGUUCGAGAAGCUGGGUCGCCAACCGGUGCUCGAGCACAUCAAGCUCGAGUCGGACUGCAGGCAGGCCGAGGCCUUCUUUCAGUGGCGCGAGCCGCAUUUUGCGCUCCCGCGCCUCGCUUCCCUGCACCUUUCGUCCACGGACGGCACCUUCUCGUCCUGGCGCCUACCCAGCCUGUUCACUGUCGUCCCCAACCUCGUCGAGCUCGAGCUUUCGGGCCUCGAGUCGCGAGCUUCGGUCGACGAGGUGCUGCGCGCCGUGCCCGUUGGGAUCCUCAAGCUCGUGCUCUGCGCCCUCGUCGAGGAGGUCGACUUCAUACCGGCCCUCGAUCUCGUUACGCCGAGAGGGCUCGCCCACUUGGCUCGCCUCGAGCGCCUCGAGCUCGGCAGGUUCGAGUUCGACGCCGACCUCCUCCCCACCCUCGCUCGCCUUCCUCGCCUCCGCCACCUCGUCUUCCGCCUCGACGCCAAUGUCACCGACCGCAUGCUCCACGAUCUCGGGACGACCCAUCGGCCGCCCCUCCUGUCGCGCAUCACCCUCGACCACGUCGCGAGUGUCCGCGGCCCGUCCUUCCUCGACAACGGCCUCCAGUGGGACGAGCGAGCGCGCUCUACAGCCGGUCACGCUUUGCCCGGCUGGGUCGAGUCGGUUUGGAAGGUCGAGGACGACUACGCGAGCCAGUCGGACGCCUUCCAGGCGCUCGAGCGCGCCGGCAUCGUCGUCGAGGGCACAGCACUCGCCGGCGGCGGGUGGCGCCGAGCGCACGCGACCGAGUCGUUCCUCGGCACGAUGCUCAUGUGCGUCCACGACGGCUGCAUGCGCGAGAUGGAGAAGGCCUGGGGCAGGACCGAGACGGCCGACGCGCUGCGCGGGUUCAACUACUCGGCGUGGCUGCAGCACUACGCCAACACGGCGUACGACGACCGCACGUCGUCCGAGUUUGACGCCGACGAGGAGCGGUGGUACUGA